AUGCGCAACGUCACGGCUGUACGAAACAAACCUCUCAUGGCAUCCUCUCAUUCGAGCCGUCGUAAACAACAACUAAAAACGAAACCGAUAAACCCUUUCCUCCGCUUCUCCGUCAUCCUGCUGACGUUUCUCUCUUUACUCUCCAUCGCUCUGUAUUCCAAUCGAACGAGAACACGAAACGAACGCGAAGCGGUGGCGUAUUCGUUGUGGUUGGAACCACCUACUACGGAUGAUUUAUCCUCGAGAGUUGAAAACUUUAUCGUUGAAAACGCGAAAAACGACGUCGCGUUCAAACCGCACGUGACGUUGUUAGGCCCAAUCUACGACGAAAACGAACGCGCGAUGGUUGCGAAAACCGAGAAUUUAGUUCGAGAGAUUCGAGAGAAGAUGAUGAAGAAGACGACGACGACGUUUAACAUCCGGUUCCCGAAAGGCGCACAGGUUGGGCAAACGUACUUCCAAUGCGUGUAUUUAGAAGCGGAAUUGACGUCAAACUUGUUACACGCGCGAGAGAAGGCGAUCGAACUGUUCGAUAUCCGGGACGCUCGAAGAUAUACGCCGCACAUGUCUUUAGCGUACGGCGACGACUCGCAAGGCGAGCGGUUACGGUUGAAGCUGAAAGCGGACGAAGUGUUCAAAAAAGCCUUCUCGCUCUCAAACACGGACGAAGAAAACGAAGACGAGACCUACGAAGAAUCGUUCAACGCGACCAGCGUGAGUUUGUGGAAGACAGACGUGGAAGAUAAGAGUUGCAAGUCUUGGAGGAAAGUGAAAGAGUUUCCUUUGUUUCCGUAG